UGUUGCUGGUUCCCUGAAUGCGUUGAUCUCACACAGCGCCAAGCGCCAGACAAGAGUGUGAUCUAUCUCUGAAUCGCUCCAAGUUGGAAUAGACCACAUCAGAAUCGGGAGCAAAAUGAGUGCGUUAUAGCCUACAGAGUGAGAGAGUGAGGGAAACAGCCGAUAGAGGUUCCGCGCCUCCUGGGCGCUUGGUGGGCACAUGAUCAGGGCCGGUUGGACUAUGCUGUCAAGCCGCUCUGUGAUGGUGGAGUGCGGGUAGUGAGUGCUGGGGCUCCGGGACACGGUGGUGCAAAAGCGGCUCUCCAGAAAGCCAUCAUGACUGGGCUGGAUUUUCCCUCCGGACAUGUAAAAUUGCUUAUAGUUCAGUAAUAAGACAUUUCACACAGAACUCUGGGAAAUGUUUUCUUUUGAUUGCAAAACAACGACCAAUUAGAAUUGUGCAGGUUGCCGGUGGAUUUCUAUCGAAUGGGAUCUUGAAAGGACACUCCAAACUGUGCGUCCCGGGACAUUUGACGAACUGGAAUAAUGAAGUGGACGAAGAAGAUAGUUAUGUGUUUAUUUCAAUUUUCAUAAGCCUUGUGAUCUCUGUCAUCAUAAAUCAAAGGAGGGGUUUUUGUCAAGUUUGUAAAGAAGAUAUUUGCUUAGAAAACUUUGGAAUAUGAUAUUAUAUCAAAGUCACAUUGCAAGCGAAAAAUAUUUUGUAUCAUUUGUAAAUUAAAGGAAUAAACAAACGCCUAUAGAAAUAGACGGAAACGAGCAAGGACAGACUGUAUUUUAUUGCUUCGUUGUCCUCUCCGGUUUAUUUUCGCCACAACACUUUAGGGACAAGUUGGAUAUUGGAAAAAACUAUGAGAACUUAUUGGGUGAGUGAACCGAUUUAAGAUCCAUUGGCUACGUUUUAAAUCAGAACUUUUAUGAUAUCAAAAUAUCUAUCGGGGGAUUCUCUUCUAUUUUCGUUUUUGUCCUCUUUUUUUGUGUGGAGAUUCACAGAAAACCAGACUAAAGCUAGACUGCCUAUGCCAGGCGAGCUGGCUGUCAUGCAGGAUUGAUAUCGGGAAGUAUGUUUGGGCUGGAGCAGUUUGGUUCUCAGAUUAAUAGCAUAAACCCUGGCCAGUCAGAGAGAAACAUAAACCAGCCAAGACUGAACAUGAGCUCCCAUUACAAAAGCCCUGGCUUUCAUACCGGAGGCCCGCCGGGAGCCGUAGAGCCGGGCAUGGGCCCUUUGAACGAGCCUCCGAUGCUCGGGCUCAAUAUGAACAUGAAUGGGGAGCAGUACGGUGGCUUUCACCCGCGGGGCCACUCGGACAUGCAUGCAGGCAGCGGACUCCAGCAGCAACAGCAGCAGCAAGGACCCAUGCAUGGAUUUUUCAACAACCAGCAACCUCAUCAAGGCCAUCCCCACGGCCACCAGUCUCACCCUCACCAACACCACCCUCAUUUCAAUGGGAACUUUGGAGGCCCAGACCCAGCAUCAUCCUGUCUGCAUGGUGGCAGAUUGAUGGGCUACAACAACAGUGGCAUGGGGCCUCAGCAGGGCUUUGGAGAGGGGUUUGACCCCAUCGCUGAGGGCCAAGCAGGGGACGGCUUCUCCCAGCAGCAGCAGCAGCAGCAGCAGAGAUCUGGUAACAUGUCUGAGUUCCAGCACAACGGCCCCCCUAACGGCAACCACGCUGUUCCUGCCCCCUGUCUACCCUUGGACCAGUCACCUAACCGGGCAGCAUCCUUCCAUGGUCUGCCCUCCUCUUCCUCCUCAGAGACCCAUGGUCUGGAGCCUCGACGGAUGCCCAAUCAGGGUGCUGUGGAGGGAUUAGAGUAUAAUUUCCCCAGCGAACCCCCAACUGGACAUUUUGAAGUACCUGUAUUUUCCCCCUCAGAAUCAGAGUCUCAGCUUCCCCACUUUGGGCCAGGAAGGCCGGUGGCCGGUGGCAGUUUCCCUGGAAACCCUGCCAUGGCUCGGACACCGGGUAUACAGGGCAUCUCCAAAGGGCACCAGCAGCCACCCCCACAGCCCCAGCAGUCUCAGCCUCCCCCACAGCACGGAGUGUUUUUUGAGCGCUUUGGGAAUGGCCGUAAGAUUCCCGUGGGGAUGGAGCUGGGGGUCAGUGCUAGACACCCUCUCAUGCAGCAGCAGCAAGCUGGUUUGAUAGCGCGACAGAACUCAUGCCCCCCAGGCCUCCCCCGGCCUCCCCAGUCUGAGCCGGGCUCCAUUAACCCCAACAUGCUGGACGGUGGUGUCAUGAUGCCUGUCCAACACAACCAGUUUGAAUAUCCUAUUCACAGACUGGAAAAUAGGGGCCUGCACCCCUAUGGGGACCCCAUGUUUAAUAUGCAACAGCCGGCUCCCCCUCCUCCCGCCCAACAGCCUCCGAAUCAGAGGCUGCAACAUUUUGACUCUCCUUAUAUGAACAUGGCUAAAAGGCCUAGAUUUGAGUUCCCUAACGCACACGGAGGGGAGAAUUGCGGCACGUGGGGUAGUGGCAUGCACAAUGUGCAGGGCAUGGAGAACCACCUCUCUCCCUCGGCCUACCCUGGCCUACCUGGGGAGUUCACGCCACCUGUGACAGAUGGUUUCCCCCCGGGUCCACUCCAGCACGCUGGGCCUGAGCAGCAGUCUAUGCAGCAGCGGCAGAAUGCGGCCAUGAUGAUCAAGCAGAUGGCCUCUCGGAACCAGCAGCAGAGGAUGAGGCAGCCCAGCCUGCAGCAGCUGGGUCACCAUGGCGACGUACCUCCAGGCCCCAUGGUUCAUGGAGGCCCAGUGGGGAGCAUGCCUCAGCCCAACUUUGACAGGGAGAAUGGGGGCAGGAUGCCCAACUUUGAGGGUCAGAACCCUCAUAUAACUCAGGAGAACUGGUUCCCCGGUUCUCACCCACCAGGAGAGAUCAUGUCGCGGCGUAUGGGGGUAACAGGUGGGGAGGCUGUAGCCCACGACAUGGGGCUGCAGCAGAACGGAGUCGGUAUGAUGUUCAGGCCGGGCAUGAAUGGGAUGGGCAUGCAGGAGCCAAUGAGGAUACCUGGAGAUGGACACGUACAGGCUCUCCACUCUCCUGGUAUGCACCCCCAGUUUGGCAACAACAUGGGCAAUCUCUCCCAGAUGCAGUCCCCCGGAGCCGGGGUAGGACACCCCAACGCACCAUCAGAGAGGCGGCCGACUGACUUCCCUGCCGGGCCUCCCAUGGGAUCUCAAUCAACGUUUCCUUAUGGAGGGGUUAACCGUCAGGGGGCACCACAUAGCAAUCCCCAGGGGGUGAACACCUCACCAGGGAGCUACCCUCCACAGUCUGAGUUCCCCCCAGGCCAGCGAUCCUCUGUCAGUAAACUUGGGGCACUCUCCCUGGGGAACUUUAGCAAAACCAGCACUAAAGACAAUGUUUUUGGACAGAGCUGCCUGGCGGCCCUUUCCACAGCCUGCCAGAACAUGAUAGCUAGCCUAGGGGCCCCCAACCUAAACGUAACAUUCAACAAGAAGAACCAAAAUGAGGGCAAGCGAAAACUGAGUCAGACGGAGCAGGACAUUAAUAGCAGCACAGUUAACGGGACCGGCAGUGCUGGUCCUGAGUAUUUUCAGAGUGGCACUUCCCAGAACAGCCAGAUGCCUGGCAACGGGAAUAGCAACAUUAAACCUGCAGGUCAAAACCAGACGCUGCAGGGGGAAGCCAGUGCCCUCUCCCCAAAUUACAACAUGGACGCUACCCCAUGCAGUGAGGGGAAAGCAGCAACAGGGAACGGGAGAGGGAGAGGGAGGAGAAAAAGGGACAGCGGGCAUGUGAGCCCUGGGAUCUUUUUUUCCUCUGACAGCGGAAACCCUGUUGUAAGUCCAGGCCAGCAACCCCCUUCAGCUGGCGUUGGGGAGAGGGGUGGGGGUACGCCCCAUGAGAAACCCCUCCCAUCCCCCUCCUGGGGAAAAGGAGGUGACCUUAUGCUGGGGGACCAGGCAGACCUGAUGUCUUCUCUGGACAGUGGCAUUCAGAGUGUCACCAAGUCUAACAGUAACUCACCGCGCAUAGAUUUUCCUGAUGAUGUCAGCGCCCACUACGGCAACGAGGAUGAGGUGUCCUCUAGCUCAGAUGCAGGAGGUGCUCCUGCCUCCAAGCCCAACCGCAGCCCGCACAUCACCGGCUCACCCAAGCUGCAAAGGGGGGAACAGGGCCUGAUGAAUGGGCAGAAGCCCCUAGGCAUGCAGGACAUCACCAAUCACACUACCUCGACACCCGACAGCUAUGGACUGAGUGCUGGUGUGGGGACAGGUGGCAAUGGAGUUGGUCACCCGGGCACACCUGGGAUGGAGCAGGUACGCACUCCAUCCAGCACCUCUGGCCAGGAUGACAUCCACCCUCUGGAGAUACUGCAGGCCCAGAUCCAGCUGCAGCGCCAGCAGUUCAGCAUCUCAGAGGACCAGCCUCUGGGCAUGAAGAAUGGCAAGAAGAGUGGUGACUGUCUCUCACAGAACGGAGACAAUGAGCUGGCGAGCUGCAGCCCGGAUGCUGGGAAGGGCUCAAUGGGCACCAUUGACCUUGACACUCUGAUGGCAGAGCAGCACGCCACCUGGUACGUGCCCAGUGACAAGGCCCUGAUGGAUGGGCCAGAGGACGACAAGGCCAUGGCACCCUGGGAAAAAAACAAGAGCCAGAAUAACAGCAAAGAAGUUUCCUAAGCGCGUCUUGCAGCCUGAGGGGGAGGUGUGUGUGUACGAGGGGAUGGCUGAAGGGAGAGAGUUUACUAGAGAAGGGGUGAGGAGGAGCGACCGGGCCAAGGCCUGCCUGCCUGGGCAAGUUUUUUUCCUUCUUGUUGCAGGCCAGGGAACAGAGAGGAAAUUCAAACCAAAAUAACCCCUGUGCCCUCGCUUGAGAAAUGUGCCCCCUCCAUAUCCACCCUUCUCUGAGGGGAAAGGUCAACCUGUGGCAGUGGGGUUGAGUGGGGGUCGGAGAAGGCCUCCCAUGCCAUACUCCCCCACACCAACUACCAACCCCCAGGCCACCAUCAGAUACCUGGGUCAUACCUCCAGUAGUUCCCGUAUUCCUCGCACAGGGAUUCCUGUAGCCCCUCACCAAGCUAGUUGAAAGCAGAUAACUUAAUGAUUUUGUAUAUAUAUUUUGGUGAUUGUGAUUUAAUGUGAAGCCUUGCUCUGCUGGUCGGUCUGCUUAGUGCAGUAGAGAGGCGCCGGAUCACAUGUCCUGCUCUUAGGUACCAUGAUCCUUCAAGGAAACGUGUUAAAGACCUAAAUGACUAACCUUUAAAGUAUGCUCUAUGAUAACAGAAAUGUUACAUCGUUUUUCUGUGUUCUUUACCAUCACUCCUUAGAUUGUCGAAAAAACAGACUUUGUAUCUGUGCAUUGUGCUCCCGAACUUAGAAUCUUCUCUCAUGUCCUUAGUGUUAGUUUUUUAUCAUAGUGAUCCUAUCAUAGUGAUCACAUGAAAUGUGUCUUCUAAUGUCUAAUUCUAUGGUUGUUAUGCUACAGGAAUCUGAUCUGAAUUCACUCACUGUCAUAGGAGCAGAGGCCUCUAGGUGUUUUCACCAGAGAGCUGGUUUGUGUUCGGUGAGGGUAAGGCCGAGCCCCGGGGAGCACAGGGUUAAAGGUGAAGUGUCGUCAUAGAGGUAUAGCUUGGGAUAGAAUGGACCUCGGAAAUCAAUGUGACGCCACUGUGAAAUUCUCUGGCUCCGAAAGAGAGACCAGCGAACACCAAGACACACAUAUACAUAGUCUUAUUUAGUAUAUACUUUGUUUCUAAUGCACACAUCUGCACAGGGACUUGGUACACAAUGUGCAUUUAACUAUCAUAACACUUCAUUUUUAACUGCAUUUACAACAUAAUAAUUACCAUUAGCUUCAUCAGUUUACAUUAAUCGUUGAAUAAAAUGUUUAGGUUGACAAUUAUAGUUAGAUUGUGAGAAUAUGACAUUUAUUGUCGUUCAAACAAGGAUUCCUUCCCAGUGUUGUUUACAGACUUAGAGACGUGCACUAGAUUCAGGCCGUCAGCAUCCGACAUAUUGGUGUCAGCCAGACAGAAAAACCGAAACAGAGCAGUGUGCUGUGUGUGUGUGUGUGUGUUCUCUUCACAGCACGCUAGUGGAAAGCGUUGUUCAUCUGUGUAUAUCGUCACGAGCUGUGUCUGUGUGUCUGUGUGACGGCUCUAUAAGCCUACGUGGAGGAGUCCCACUGUAAAUCACACACGUUUAGAAAGAGGAGAGGAAUAGAGGUGGAUUAAAAAACGAAGCGUUUGAAUUGCCAUGGUUACCUUUUUUGAGGUGUAAUAUGGUUAGGGAUAUUUAACUGUAUUUGUGGUUCAGCUUAGUUGGUUGUGAUAUUAUUGUUUUCUUCUUUAUUGGGUAUUCGCCCUGUGUGAUGCUAAGCACUUGUUCUCUGAGAUGAAUAGCCUAUCACUGAGAUAUCACUGUGGAUAUGAACAGUACGCUGCAUGGCAAAAUAAUGCGAGUCAUUGAACAGCCUUAACAAGGUUUUAUUGAAAAGAGAUUCCACAGCUUGUAAAAUGUCACGGUGAUUUGGGAUUUAGGCCUGUGUGAUGUAGAAUUUCACACUGCCGUUUCCACUUUUGAACAAAUAUGGUGCCGUGGAUAAUGCUUAACAUUUAAGUGUAGCGUGUAGAUUUUCCACCAAAAUUCCAUCUCUCUCGGCUCCCAGGGUAUUACCUAGAAAUAUCCACAGAUACACUACAAUUGACUGGCUUACUCCUUAAAUGGAGAGCUUUGUAUUUUUUCAAGGAAAAUGUUUUUCUGCUUGUAAUAAUACAAUUUGAGAGGUACAGUGUUUUGAUUAUAAAAAUAUUUAAAAAAUGUAACUAGGAAACUGGUGGCAAUCACUACAUUGUAAAUGAUUGUUUAUGUGAAAGUAUCAUUGGUAAUGCUAAUGUUUUUAUUUUGAUAAAUAAAGUAACGUGGUCACAUGAGCACACGUCUGAGCAUGGCUCUGGGACAGUGGGAGUGGAUGCUUUUGACUGUGUGUUUACAGUCCUUGUCCUUGCAUGUAUGAGGCUGGGGGCCAUGUCUGUCUGUUUUGGGACCGUGCAGACUGUGUGUGGAGCGGCAGCUGAGGGCUGGUGUGGAUAUGGCAGCAGUGGCGGUGGUUGGCGGUGUGUUUUGUGGCUGUGUUGUCAGAUUGCUGUGUGUCAGCAGAGAGCCAGGGGAACGCUUGGCUGCCUAUUCAGGCCGGUGUGGACCCUGCUGUGCCCAGCUACCAUGGGCUGUCGGCGGGUGCUGGAGGGCACAGUGCUGGGGAUGGGGGUGGGGGGUAGGUGGAAGCACUUGGAGAGGGGGUUGUGGUCCAGGCUCACUGAGUGUGGGUGUCAGCCAUGCAGAGGUGUAUGGCAGGGCCCUCUGGCAAACGCUGGCUCUUGCCACCAUCACCACUAAUCCCCACACCCACAACUCCACACACCCGUCCCCUCCCCCUCUGCCUUCCUCUCUCCCCCACCGUCGCUCCGCUUAGACUCCAGAGUCCUUGGGUGAUUUGUGCGGAGGAGGAGGGAGAGAGAUGCGGGAGCGGCGGGAGCUUGGCUGCGUGACCUUUUACCAAAUCCCUCCGCUUUUCCAUUCCAGUGGUCGCUGCCCAGACAGGCUGGGGGGCAAGGCUGCCUCACUACCUCCCUGCCUUCCCGGCCCUAGCCUGUCCACCCUGCCUCCUUCACUCUCUGUCCUGACCUGGCCUUGUUUCUCUGGCUGUGUGUUGUUAACACCAUGUCAUAGUUGCUCCAGGGAAGUAAAGGAAGGGAGAAAUAUAUACAGAGAGAGUGAGAAAAACAAAAAAGCAUUUGGGAAGACAGAGUAGCGAUAAUAAAGGAAAGUGUGACACAGAGACUGUUUUGAGGUCAGAGUAUCUUUUCUCUUCUUCUCUCUCUGUUCUGUCACUUUGUUGAGUAGUGAGGUGGGCAGAUCAGAGUAGUGAUGGUGUGAUGUACAGGCCCUGUGCCUAGAGCAGAGUGUGUAUCAUAGUCUCCUGUCUCUGACGCCUGUACCUCAGCAUGUCUGAGCUAUUUAGAGCUUGUCUGUCUCUGCGGCUACGCUCCCACUCAAAGCAGUAGUAACAACCUGGGGCUGAGGAACACAGCAGAACAGUGUUUUGAGUGCUAAGGACAGAUGGGAAUAGCCUGAUUGAUUUUUACAGCAGGUAUCCACCAUGUUCACGCACUCUUUUUUUAGAAUGCUCAGAGCAUGCUUGGAGGCAGACCCCAAACGCAUGAUGCAAUGCUGCAGUCACCAAUGGGGCUUACUGAAACCAGCGAUAGUAAGAGUCUGACAACCUCUCUCUCCCGUCAUCUCUACCUCUAACUCCUUGCCCUUCUCUCCUUCCUGCCCCUCCUACUCUCUCAGAAUGCUGCUGGUCUAUAUCAUGGCAGAUGCGUAUAAUUUAGGCUAGCACUUUCUGUCCUCGUCAAUCUACCUCUCGCAAAUGUUUUCUUACACAACACAUGCGAUUUGACUCAGAGGAUGGAUUAUGCAUCUCAACCGGCAGCGUUCCCCAUGUCCCUCUAGAAUUGCACGGCUGAUUUUUAUACAACCUUCGAUAAACCUAUAUAUGGAUUUUCUGGAAGCUUGGUUCCAUUUAAUAUGGGUUUGACACCUUGGUGACGUGGGGUCGAUUCUGCAGCAGGGUCAUUAUACCCGUAAAUUAGGUCAUGCAGAGUUAAAGGUCAGCCUCCUCACAGCCCUCUGACCUCAUGACCAGAGGUUAGGGAGGAGUGCUCCCCAUUUGCACGGGUGACCGGGACUGACAGUGUGUGUGUGUGUGUGUGUGUGUGCGUGUGUGUGUGUGUGUGCGUGGUCCUCAUAGGCAAGGAGAAGGUGGGGGAUGGGUUUAGAGCGUUGUCGUUUUCCAGCCUGCAGGAUGGGGGUGGGAGAGGGAGAAGGAGAGGGGUUGUUGAGGUCAUUUUACUGCACCGAUUUUGAGUGGGAUGAGAAUUAGGAUCUAAUUUAUGAUUAAUUCUAGUGUUGACAUAUUGACUGAAGAUGUUUAUUUUGGUUGUUGAGGAUGAAUGAAUGUAUCCUUAAUGUUCCUCAGUGCUGGCCCACUCACUAACCCUCUCCUCUCUCUGUGUUUGUUUCUCCUGUGCAGAGUCAGAGCUGUCUCAGAGUAAGGCUGGAGUAGGGGUGGGGGCCCCGGGGCCCGGAGGGGGCAAUGGGGGGAGCCACCUGCAGUGCCUGUCCGUCCACUGCACAGAUGAGCUGGGGGACAGUAAGGGCCGAGGGGGGCCCGUCUCCUCUUGGCGCUCCCUGCACUCCGACAUCUCCAACCGCUUUGGGACCUUCGUGGCUGCCCUGACCUGAACACAACCAGGGCAGCCCAGGAGAUGGAGGGAAGAUCAGAAGAAAGAGAGAGAGAGGGGGGAGGGGGUGGAGAGAGUCAGAGGCAGAUGAUAAUGAAGACGACAGCAAUGAUGAGGAUGAUAUAAAGGUAUUGAUGAUGAGGAUGACAUAAAGGUAUUGAUGAUGACGUAAAGGUAUUGAUAAUGAGGAUGAUGUAAAGGUAUUGAUGAUGUAAAGGUAUUGAUGAUGAGGCGUCUACAUUGGCUCUCGCCUGUUCAGGGAGAGAAGGACAUAUACACAAUCAUACACACAGAUCAACACAUACACACUCAUGCUCACACACACUCACACACACUUUUGGGCACAAACACAUACACACUCACUCAUGCAUCGCUGGACUAUACAGCUUGGGCUCUAUUCAGUGGUGCCCACAUCUGGGAAAACCUCAAAUCAUCCUUUUGGUUUUUUGUUGUUUUUUGAAGAAAACAGGAGAAAUGUCAAUGGAGGAAAGGAAAAAACUCAAACUGAGAAAACAGAAAGACAAAAUGUCCUUGGCUGUAUUGGGAUAGCAGUGUUGAGUCUCUGUUCUGUUACAUUCUUUAGACAUGAAAGUUGUCUCUUAGUAUUUCGGAGCUCUGUGAUUAAUACCCCAUCCUCACCAGCUGUACCCUGUACCUGUACUCAGUGACCUCCUAGCCGUGGUUCUCUCUGUGGGUUGGAGGUGGUACCACCCACCAAGCCUGCCCCCAGCCUAGUGUAUAGAUCACUGGGACAUGGCUUGGGUAUGGCCUCAAGCAGAACCACCCUGACCCAUAUUCACCCGUUGAGGGACUCUGGUCAUCUUUGUCAGCCAGAGUUUGGAGGAUAUGUGUGUGAACCAGCCCUUCCUCCCUCCCAUGGCUCUCAGGGGUACAGGGAGAGGAGAGCAGCCCUCUCACCAGGACCUCUCCCUCAGACCUGGAACCCCAUUGUUACCCAGAGACACAGGAACCUGAUGAGAUUUGGACCUUUUGAGACACUGUACCUCACAACCUCACCAGGCCAUCCUCCUGGUCCAAUAGAACUGGUCUGGACCCUGAAACAGGGGGAGGAAGAGUGGGAGGGAGAUGGAGAGAGAAAUAGUUUAUUUUUGGUGUGGGUAUCUGCAAAAAGGGAUUCCUGAAUACAAAUUCCUCUCUUUCACUCAUUUUCUCUUUUAUUUAGCUUGGGCUCCAACACAGUUAUACAAUACAGCCAAUGUAAACUGUAGGGGAGGUCAAGGAACCAUUUAAUAAGGGAAUUGAAAAAAGGAAUAUUGGUAUUGCACAUGUAAAAUAAGAGAACAUUUGCUGUGUGUUAGGCAAUCUUGUAACCUUUAAAUAAAGCUUCUGUUGAAUUUGAAUUUGUGAAACAAUAGAUGGAGGCCUGUGACGGCAUCUUACCAACGGUUUCUUUUUGUUUUCUUUUUUUAAUAAUAUGUAAAGUGCAGUCGUCUGUUUUCCUGCAUAUUGUAUAUAUCUGUAUAUGUUUUAUUGAGUAACUAAAUAACAAUAAAUAUGACGUUAAUGGUGAA